GUUUGCUCACCUAACUUGGAAUGAUACUUCUCAUAGGGCAGCGCUCACCAUUGAAUGACUUCCAGCUGCUCCGGGGUACAGAGUUAAAGAACCUCCUGCACACAGUGGUACCAGGACCAUGGCAGGAGGACGUGGUGGAUGCUGAGGAGUGUGCAAGGCGCUGUGAGCCUCUUCUGGACUGUCGAGCCUUCCACUACAACACGAGUAGCCACGGAUGCCAGCUGCUGCCAUGGACUCAGUCCUCACCCCACACACAGCUCCACCAUUCAAGUCUGUGUGACCUUUUCCAGAAGAAAGACUAUGUACGAACCUGCAUUAUGGGCAAUGGGGUCAGCUACCGGGGCACUGUGGCCAGGACAGCCGAUGGCCUGCCCUGCCAAGCCUGGAGCCGCCGGUUCCCCAAUGACCACAAGUACACACCCACACCAAAGAAUGGCCUGGAAGAGAACUUUUGUCGAAACCCUGAUGGAGACUCCAGAGGCCCCUGGUGCUACACAACAAAUCGUAGUGUGCGCUUCCAAAGCUGCGGCAUCAAGUCCUGCAGGGAGGCUGUUUGUGUUUGGUGCAAUGGCGAGGAUUACCGUGGCGAGGUAGACGUUACAGAGUCGGGACGCGAGUGUCAACGCUGGGACCUGCAGCACCCUCAUCUGCACCCUUUCCAUCCUAGCAAGUUCCUCGACAAAGCUCUGAACGACAACUACUGUCGUAAUCCGGAUGGAUCUGAGCGGCCCUGGUGCUACACCACAGACCCAAACGUCGAACGAGAAUUCUGCGACCUUCCCAGUUGCGGACCCAACCUGCCACCAACCAUCAAAGGAUCCAAGUCUCACCGGCGCAACAAGGGCAAGACUUUUAACUGCUUUCGCGGGAAAGGCGAAGAUUACCGAGGCACAACCAACACCACCUCUGCGGGUGUUCCCUGCCAGCGGUGGGAUGCACAGAGUCCGCACCAGCACCGCUUUGUGCCGGAGAAAUAUGCUUGCAAGGACCUUCAGGAGAAUUUCUGCCGGAAUCCUGAUGGCUCCGAGGCGCCUUGGUGCUUCACAUCUCGACCUGGUUUGCGAGUGGCCUUUUGCUACCAGAUCCCACGCUGUACAGAGGAAGUGGUGCCAGAGGGCUGCUAUCACGGCUCGGGUGAACAGUAUCGCGGCUUCGUCAGCAAGACCCGCAAAGGCGUUCAGUGCCAGCACUGGUCCGCAGAGACACCACACAAGCCACAAUUCACACCCACCUCAGCACCGCAGGCCGGACUGGAGGCAAACUUCUGCCGGAACCCAGAUGGGGAUAGCCAUGGGCCUUGGUGCUAUACUUCAGAUCCAGCCACCCUGUUUGACUACUGUGCCCUACAGCGCUGUGAUGAUGACCAGCCACCAUCCAUCCUGGACCCCCCAGACCAGGUGCAGUUUGAAGAGUGUGGCAAGAGGGUUGAUAAGAGCAACAAACUCCGUGUGGUGGGGGGCCAUCCUGGGAGCUCACCAUGGACAGUCAGCUUGCGGAACAGACAGGGCCAGCACUUCUGUGGGGGGUCCCUAGUGAUGGAGCAGUGGGUACUGACUGCCCGGCAAUGCGUCUGGUCAUGCCAUGAACCUCUCACAGGAUAUGAGGUAUGGUUGGGUACCCUCAACCAGAACCCACAGCCUGGAGAGGCAAACCUGCAGAGGGUCCCAGUGGCCAAGACAGUGUGCGGACCUGCAGGUUCCCAUCUUGUUCUGCUCAAGCUGGAGAGACCCGUGACCUUGAACCAUCAUGUGGCCCGCAUCUGCCUGCCUCCUGAGCAGUAUGUGGUACCUCCAGGGACCAAGUGUGAGAUUGCAGGCUGGGGCGAAUCCAAAGGUACAAGCAGUAACACAGUCCUUCAUGUGGCCUCCAUGAAGGUCAUCUCCAACCAGGAAUGCAAUGUGAAACACCGAGGACAUGUACAAGAGAGUGAGAUAUGCACCGAAGGAUUGAUGGUCCCUACAGGGGCUUGUGAGGGUGACUACGGGGGACCACUUGCCUGCUAUACCCAUGACUGCUGGGUCCUAGAGGGACUUAUAAUCCCUAACAGAGUGUGUGCACGGCCCCAGUGGCCAGCUGUCUUCACACGUGUGUCUGUGUUUGUGGACUGGAUUAACAAGGUCAUGCAGCUGGAGUAGGCCUGGUUUUGAUCCCUUAGGGAUGAUAAGACUUCUCAAACAUAAAGCAACCUUUCUCUCUGUCUGUACAGAGUGCUUCUUAGUCUCUGCUUCUAGGGAAUGAGGUGGGGACUCCUUGGAGGCGGCUUGGUGGUUUAAGCCCAGCCCACACUUGGCUGGGUGUUCUGAUCCUGUAACAACUUCACAGUGUGUGUACUGUGGAUGGGCAGGGUGUCGCUCAUCUUCCAGAGGCACUUCUGGGAAUGCAAGGACAGUGCAGAGCAUUUUCCAACAGAUGAGACUGUAGCAGAAAGUCCCAGUUGGCCAGGACAGACGGGGUAGAGUCUCUCAUGGCUCCUCUCUGACAGAUGACAGAGAUGAAUCCACUGUGGAUAUCAAACCCAAGACCAAGGGUUUCUGAACCCCAGGGUGGGUCUGGGAUUGGGGAUGGCUUGGUACAAAGUACCAGCACAAACCAGGCUCUGUGUCCUUAUUUAUUAUGACUACGUAGUCCAUAUUCCUCUGCCCACUCAUCCAGAGUCCAGAGCCCAGGAAACCUCGUGGCUGUUCUGCCAGAUCCAAGAGCAAAGUGCGAAAUGGACUGGCUAGUUCACGCAGGACGGUAGAGCUUCAGCUGCCCAAGUGUGUGUGCAGCCAAAGCACAGUAUUCAUGAAGCUGUCUGACUCCACCUCCACCUCUGACAGCGCAUGGGUGCUUUUGGGAUAGAGCAGGAGCCUGUGUGAGCAGCAACACAUGAGGUUAGAGGAUCCUGUCCUGCUUACCUGCCACUAGCCGCCAGGACUAUCCUCUGACACUCACCGAACAGGCACAUUCCGGGCCUUGAGGGCACGGUAAUACUCCAUACCCUGCUUGAAGGGUACACGCCGGUCCUCUUGGCCCAGCAUCAGUAACACUGGUGUCUUCACCUAGGUUUUUGGGGAGCAAGGAGUGAGCUGAACUCUGGAUUCUGGAUGGCUAGGUGGCACACACACAAGGAUACCUGGGUACCUGAGGAAUGUACUUGAUGGGUGAUUUAUCCAGCAUCUCCUCCCACACAUUCAAGUUUGGCAGGCAGUCACUGCUAUACCGGAAGCCAGCCUCCACCACACACCUAUAAAAAAAGACCAAGCUGAUGCAGACUGCAGGAUCUCCAUGGGAAUUUGGGGUAGAAGGAAGGACAGGGACCUUUGAUGCACACUCACCAAUCAGGGAUGUCAGUGGAGCCCAUCAUGGAGGCAAUAUUGAUCACAGGGUUCCGGGCUAUACAGGCACUAUAGGUGUCUGGGUACUGACCAAUCAGGUGGCAGGAGAGGAAACCACCAUGGGAACCACCCAUAAGGGCCACACGGCUUGCAUCAAAGUGUUCCUCCUGAAGUACCUGCUCCACUGCAAACUAAAGGGUAGGCAGAGCAUACUGCAGCUAGCUUCCUGUCAGCUGACUAGAGCCACGGAUCCACCCUCCCUGUCCAGGAGCCCCAGGACCCUGCUACCUGAACAUCCUUCACAUCCUGGUAGCCCACAUUGCCAGGGAGGGAAAGGAUGUUGUCUUGGCCAAAGCCAGUGGAGCCACGAUAGUUCACUAAAAGUGGGAGACAAGAUAGUUUUCUCAGUCCUGUGGACCCCAAUUCAUCUGUCUGUGAAGUAGGCCCUGAGACUAGCUGCAUCAUAGGCUGUCAAGGGGAAGCAGUCAAGAGAUAUGAGGUUGCUACUCAGAGUCCACAGCAUCCUUUCCAUGGAAGCAUCAAGUUAAUCCACAUGAUCACCAGGUUAUGGAGCCAGAGGCUGGGUCAUGGCAAUUUCUAGUGGUGGUUUUCUUUUUUAUUUUUAUUUUUUUGAGACAAGGUU